AAACAUAUUGCCGGCUUUUAAACUAUACAAGGAUAGACUCAGAGCCGCAAUGAGUACAAAGCUUUCGUGUUUUUCCUUCUCUUUCUCUCUUUUUUCUAUUUCUUUGGAGGUGGUACGAACUCUGACGUUGAUGGCCCAGCCCAGCCCGCAAUUUAUGUGAGAGAAGGUCCAGACGCAGAGAAGUGGGCAGCAGUCUGGAUGAGGGCGCACGGAGCGCAGACGCGUCUUUUGCGCACCGGAGAUCCUCCAACAUCCACAGCGCGAAUCUCGAUUUAUGCUGAGCAGCAGACAGGUUAGAUUUGGGGGAAUUCGUUCAUUCACAUUCUAGUUGUAUGUUAUUGACAAAAAUAAAGCGGGAAUGUGACAUAGAAUCUCAAAUCAAUCCAAAACAGCGCUCGCGCGUUGACGAAGGCAGAUUAAACCGUUUGAGUGACAUCUCUGCGUCUUGAGGCGCCGCUGGAUCUCUGCCCUGCCGAUUUGGUGAUCGUGUAAAGUUUGUCCAAGGAGGACUGAAUCUAUCAUGAACUUGUCGGAGUCUCUGUGGCUCCUCGAGGAGCCGCUGAACCUGAGCGCAAUGGAAAACGAGGAGCGGAAACUCUUAUUUGGCAUCGGCACGGAUAAUUUCAUCUCGCUGCUGGUGUUCGGGCUCAUCUUCACGCUCGGCGUCCUGGGCAACUCCGUGGUCAUCACCGUUCUGGCCCGGAGCAAACCCGGCAAGCCGCGGGGCACCACCAACAUCUUCAUCCUGAACCUGAGCAUCGCAGACCUGUCCUACCUGCUCUUCUGCAUCCCCUUCCAGUCCACCGUCUACAUCCUGCCGUCGUGGGUCCUGGGCGCAUUCAUUUGCAAGUUCAUCCACUAUUUUUUCACCGUCUCCAUGCUGGUGAGCAUCUUCACCCUCUCUGCCAUGUCCGUGGACCGCUACAUCGCCAUCGUGCACUCCAGAAAGUCGUCCUCCAUUCGGGUGGCGAAGUACGCCCUGAUCGGGGUCGUGGUGAUCUGGAUCAUCUCUCUGGUCAUGGCAGCGCCCAUCAUGCACUACCAGAACAUUUUUCACAGCUCGGACAACUACACUUUCUGCUGGGAAGUGUGGCCAGAUCAGACCCAGAAAAAGAUCUACGUGGUGUGCACCUUUGUUUUUGGUUAUGUUUUGCCUCUGCUGCUGAUUUCCUUCUGUUACGCAAAGGUGUUAAAUCACUUACAUAAAAAACUCAGAAAUAUGUCCAAAAAGUCAGAAGCCUCAAAGAAAAAGACAGCUCAGACGGUCCUGGUGGUGGUGGUGGUGUUCUGCCUGUCUUGGCUGCCUCACCAUGUUGUUCACCUCUGGGCUGAGUUCGGGACCUUCCCCCUCAACCAGGCCUCCUUUGUGCUACGCGUGGCCGCCCACUGCUUGGCGUACAGCAACUCAUCGGUCAACCCUGUCAUCUACGCAUUCCUGUCGGAGAACUUCAGAAAGGCUUACAAGCAGGUGUUCAAAUGCCAGACUGGUGCCAGCAACUCCCCGCUUAAUGACAUCAAAGAGAUCCGCAGUAAAGCAGACACGGCCGCCUCAACUAAUUGCACUAAUGUUUGAUUCUGCUUUUGGUGCCAGGGAAAGGAAUUUUGCCACCUGUGGCAUUGAAUCUCACUAUGAGUCAUGGUGAAGGGGUCCUCAUGAAGGGUGGUGGGAAUUGUUGAUCUUGGCAAGCAUGGGAGACCAUAUUAUUCCAUUAAAGUUUGAGCAUAAAGUACCUGGGCAGGAAGCAGCUCAGCCACCAAAGCUGCAGGACAUGAGUCCUUUCAGAACAAAAGCCUUUGGUUUCUGAAGCUCAGGUAAACAGAUUGUUGUAUACAGUUGUUUUAAAGACAAAUAUUUACACAUCACUGGUGUAUCCUGGUGUAUUUACAAUGUCAGUUCAAUAGUGCAAGUGUUAAUCGAGCUACUGUCGUAUUAUAUUGGCUCACAUUAUCACCCAGAGCUGUCAAUCCUUUUGGGUUCUUUUGGCUGCCUGGGAAAACAGUGUCACCAUGAGCUCCGAUCCAGUGGGGGCUGGACAAUGUAACUUCAUGUCUGCACCACAAACGAUAAUCAGAAGAGGUUUUGAGCUUUUUAUGUACAGCCUAAUGUUAAACUAUGUCUUCAGUGCACAGUGUAGAAGGAUUAAACGCUAAAAUAGAACAUGAAAAAGAACAAUGAAAGAGACGUAAUGCAGAGAACAUCUGGUGUUCAGAGAGAACAGACUCAACUGAACGUCAGCUGGUUGUAAGAAACAAAAGCAAAAGACUCUUUUUGUCCGACACAAACCCAAAGUUUCGAUUUUGUUCGUUUAUAGGACCCAGAGAACCGAUUAUUGACAUCAUGAAGUUCUCUGUGCUUUUUGGGGUUCACAACACAGCCAGCCUGUUCUCAGGUCUGUGAUUGGUCCUGUGGCACAAACAUUGAUUGUUUAAUCCUUGUGCUAUCCUAUAGGUUCAAGAUGAUCAUUGACGUGUUCUCCCUACCAUGACAAAGGUGGAUAAAGGUGGAAAGAUUUCAUGUAAUCCA